GGAACCCUCAGCACAGGCUGCACGCCUCAUUUCAACCUACCCAGAAAACCUUCCUUUUUUGCUGCGUGUUAUAGGGUCCUCAACUGGAUGCGAACGUAAUCUUUUCUGUAUCCUCUCACCGUAUAAAUGCAUCUCGUUAGCAGUCUGCACGUAGUCGGACGCGCGACUGCAGUCAUCUUUUGGCUACCCAUCAAACCGGCAUGGCACUACGCGCCACUUCACCAAACGUGCCCUCUCCGUUACCCAUAGAGACGGAGUUUCCGCAUGAGGUUCCAUGGGCCACAAUCGAUGCUGAACCAGGACAACCCAAAUCACCUCGUGUUCCUUUCCCAUCCCUGCUUCCCACCGCACCUCCACGUUCAUUUCGCGAACCGUUUUCAUUUGACGACGGGGACAUCAUCCUGCGCUCAUCGAACAUGGUGGAAUUUAGAGUUCACGCCCUGCUCCUCCAACUUGCAUCGCCCGCCUUCUCUACGUUGAUCGGAGCCCCACGUGACGAGGAUUAUGUUGAAGUGCCCCUUGUCAGCAUGCUGUUGGAAGCGUUGCUCCGAUUCAACAGCGCCAUUGAAUUUCAAGUUUCUUGCGCGAAAUCGCCACUGUUGCUCGGAAUUGCCGACUUUCUCUCUCGGGAGCCGAAUCCUUUGCGUGCUUGGGCAAUCGCAGAGCGCUAUGGGUUGGAGCAAAGCAAAAAUGCAGCAGCGAGGCGGUUCAUUCAAACGGAUGAUGAUCUUUUAACACCUGCAGUUAGCGCCCUUCAACACAUCCAUGCGCUCAGGUAUAACACCCUCCUCACGGUAAAGAGGGAUGUCUUGCAUCGAGCACGCGCCGCUGUUUUGAACGUAGUAUGGCCUUGUCCUUCAUGUUCGCGCCCAAGUCCGAGGUGGAAGGCUGCCUAUCUUACUCGGGUAGCGGGACAAAAUCCGUUCACACCGGAGAUCACCCAGGAUUCGAUCUUCGAGUUGUGUUGUCAUAUAGGAGGUUGUUCGGGUUGUCCUGGAACGUUCCACUCCCAUGAGGCCCGCACGGCGAGAGAUAGGCUCAGAAGCGCCCUGAAGUCUAUCCUCGAUGACGUAAACGUUCGGUAAAGGACUGUUCGAACCAUUCAGUAAUCUCCUGUUCCGCUGACGCCUGUGUUGAAGUAGGGUUGGUUGGAGAUU